CUUAAACGGAAGUUGCUUCCUGCUAGCUGCACCUCCGUGUCCGAAGACACAAAAAGUCACCCAACGAUGUUGAGUAAAGUGGUUGGUCAGAAAUAUGUGUCCGUGGCUAAGUCGUGGAUUCCCACACUGGCUGUUUGGGGCACAGUGAGCGGCAUAGCUGUGGUCCACUUCACAGACUGGCGACUCGUUUUGGACUACGUUCCCUACAUCAAUGGCAAGUUCAAGAAGGACGAAUAGUGGCAAUCAGUUUCUUGACGGAUUCUACACAAAUCUUAAACAAGGACUGCUAUAGCUGCAAUUUUGCAAUGCAUACAACUGCCUGCCAUCACAGCCUGUACUCUUCAUCCCGCUGCUCCAAAAAGGGCUCACAACCACCACCACCACCAUCAUCAUCAUCGGUUGUAAUGCACUUGGGGUUCAGCAGUUCCACCUCAACUUGGAAAACAUCAGUGGGAAGAAUAUGAACUUUUUUUCCUACUCCCUGUACUUUCAGUUCAGUUAUUUAUUUUGAUGUCUACAUAUGUUGAUGUGCCCUUCAAGCCAAACUGUUGUGGAAGGAAGAGUAACAAAUAAAAAGGAUGUUAGAUAUCAUUUGUUCAUUUGAAAUGAUUCAAUUACUAUUCUGUGUCUAAUUAGAAUUGAUGUUCAGUAUAAGUAAUGAGAUGUCAAUGCUGCCCCAUAUCCUGUUUACACCUUAAAUCUCUCUGCUGCUUUAUAAUUGUUUGAAAUGUUUUGACCAUACAAUACUUUUAUAACUUUCUGUUUGCAAGGUGUGUGUAAAGGUUAUUUUUUUUACCAUUUUUAACUUAUCCAUUACACCAGAGGUUCUAAAUGAUCCCCACAUAAUCCUUAUGCCAAACCAUGGGUACCCCUAAAUUCCAUAGGAAUUAAA